AUGCUACUAUCCAGACGCGGGGGCGUACGCGGCAUGGCCGCCAUGAGAGGGUUCAAGUUUGACAAACUUGGGGAGAGUCAAAGUCUAAGUGCACAGGAGGUGGACCAUCUGGACCGAGUAAGUAUGGUAUCCUUAAAAACAUUAAAAAUACCUGAACAAGUCAGGCAAAAACUACACAACUUGGCAAAACAAUUUGUGAAGAAAAAGGAUCUGGAAAAAUUGGGAAGGUAUGUAAUGCAAAAGGUAACAAGCAGGAACUGUGUGGAGCUACCUCGAAUUCUACCCUCAAAAUUGUUGAAUCAACUGCAGGAGGACGAAGAGGAAGAAGCUUAUGGAGGAGAGGAAAAAAAAAAAAAAAAAGGAAGGAAUAAAUUAAAUAGCCUGCUUGAAAAAAAAUCCUACCAAUGUUUGAAGCACCAUUUGGGAGAGUAUCAGAACAAGUGGAAAGACAUAGAGCAAAUGGCAUUGGCACACGCGGAGGAUGCAAGACAUAUAGGAAGGAAGGAUUCCCCCACGAGGAUGACAUUCUUCCCUGAGUCGUCCAUCGCAUAUACACUUCACAAUUUUAAUUCCCACUAUGGCGUUCUGUAUAGAAUUUUGCACGAGAUUAGGACCCGGGUCCCAAAUUUUAUUCCGAAAAAAGUGCUGACCUAUUCAGGCGUACCCGCGGUAGCCGUAGUAGCGGUGAAUGAGUUGUAUCCCAGUGGGGACAGCAAAAACAAUCAAGACAUUCAUGAGAGUAACAAAAUCGACAUCGUGGCCGUGGAGUCUUCCGACUCGUUCGAAUCCAUUUCAAAAUAUCUGACGGAACGCAUCCCCAACGUCAUAUACCAGAUGAACCUGUACAGAAACAUGGAAAGGUAUAACCUCGUAAUCACAUCACACAUGCUCCUAAGCCUCUAUGAUUACAACGCAAGAAAUCUCUACAUAAAAAACAUGUGGUCUAGGUUGUCCACCGGAGGCAUCCUCAUCAUAGUAGAAAGUGGCACCCCUACUGGAUUCAGGAUGAUCCAUUCCAUAAGGGAGCUUUUCAUAACCGAAUUGAAGUACGACAAAUUUCAUUUUCUCGCUCCAUGUCCUCAUGAAAGCAUUUGCCCAUUAGCUUUAACAGGCAAAGACUGGUGCCACUUCUCGCAAAGGACACAUAGGCUAUCUCACCAUAUCUACUGUAAAGGUAGUCGAGCCAAAAAUGUAGAUGAAUUAAAAUAUUCGUACCUUGUCAUUCGUAAAGGGGAGGGCCCCAGAACUAUGUACAAAUCUGAAGGAGAUGCCUUGACCCCAGAGGAGAAAUCCUUUUUCUGGCCACGUGUCAUCCUUCCUACCAUUAAAUCGGGAAAGCAUGUCCUAAUAGAUGUAUGUUCCAGACCACAGAACUUUGAACGACUUGUCGUUACAAAAAGUUCAUCCCUCAUACCUAAUUUACGAACAAAAGAUGGCGCCAUCCUUAAGGGCUAUGGAUACAAAAACGCUAGGAAGUUACUCUGGGGUGACCUCUUCCGCUUCACCAAGAGGAUUAGUCGACCUGAUGCCAGACUGUACACCCCAGAGACUACUAAGCAACACUUCUAUCGACUCUACAAUAGGCAGAAACGUCGACAAAAUGUGAUGCAUGCUGUAGACCGUGAGUCAUGUGAACACUUCGAAUCACGCACUGUGCAGUUCUAUGGUUCCUAA